AUGUCACAAGUCAAGAGCAAGAGAAUAGCACCAUCAGUGGUGAAUACACCUGUCACUUUCCAUAUUCAAGCAUCAAAAGCUCUUUCAAAACAAGAAACUGAAAGACUAUUGACCAAAUUCAUAGAUAAUGAAGAAACAAGAUCAAGCCAAAACCUAUUGGAUAACACAACAAAUUCUAGCAACACAGGUGCCUCAGUAUCACAAUUGAAGAGAAUCCAAAGAGAUCUACGUGGUCUACCUCCUUUAGAAACCAAUAAUACCACUUCAACAACAACCAACACAAUCACUACAACAGCUACCCCAAAGAAACACAUGAAAUUUGAUGAUGAUGAACCUGUACAAACCAACACUGAAGCUGAAGCCACUCAAGAAGAACCUGAAAGCAUACCUCAAGAACAAGAACAAGAAAGUGUUGAAGUUAAUGACUCUAAAAUUAGUAAAGAAGAAAGAAAACGUUUGAAAAAGGAAAAGAGAAAGGCUGAAAAAAGAGCUAAACUUGAAAAACAAUAA